ACCUGGCCUCCGGAGGCUGUGCCGGUCUGCGGCCCAGGGAGACCGAGGAAGCCUGGGGGCUGGAGGCACCUGCCCCUCUCCCAGAUGCAGCAGCAGCAGCAGCAGCAGCCACAGCAGCAGCAGCAGCAGCAGCAGCAGGAAGGAGCUGGGCCACUGUUUAUGGACUUGGAGACCCCAGAAGAGGUGCAGGCCCGGAACCUGGGCAGAACCAUCAAAUCCUCGAAGCUUCAGGUUCAUCAGAUCCUAGCGGAGUAUGAAGCCCUGGAUCGGGAGCUCCCAUGCAUCCGAAAGUUCCCCAGCCCACCUCCAGCCCAGCCCCUCUGCUUGUGUAUGGAGACUUCGCCUGAGUACGACUUCACCCACCUGGAUUUGCUGAAUGCUCUGGAGGCUGAGGUGCCAGGCGCCCUAGAAAGUGGGCGCGUGAGCAGCAUCCGGUUUGAGAACAUGAAUGUCAUCUGUGGGACAGCUGGGCGCAAGGACCGGUGGCUCAUCACGGUCACGGACUUCCAGACCCGCUCCCGCCUGCUGCGCUCGGGGCUCCGCCCCCGCGGGAUCCCCCACCCCCUAGCGCGCCACGACGAACUCCUGCUCGGAGACUACCGCCUGCACCUGCGCCGAGCCCUGGCCCGACGGCGCAUGCUCGAGGCUCUGGGGGCGGGGCCCACCGAGGAAGACUGAGGCGGAGCCACGCCUGCGCACCAGCCCCUCGGGCCCCGCCGGGAGGAGGGGCGGGCGGCCGGGGCGGGGCUUUAGGGGGCGGGGCCUCCCUAGAAAGGAGGCGGUGCGGGCUCGAGGGGAGGGUGGAUACUGUGAGUUUAAUUAUAAAGAAUGACCCGGUACAAAAAGCCAUUUCUUUGCAAAAUCGGGGAGGGGGCGGGGACACCCCCGUCCAUUCUCACCUCCCCUGCCCCCCCCGACCGUGGCCUUGGCCUGGACGCCUGGGUCCCGACCCCGGCCCGGGAGGGGCGGGGGAAGAACCGGGCCUGGGCCGUGGAGAGCCUCGGGGCCCCCCGGCCCGUCCUGGCCGCGAGGGGAGGCUGAGGUCCGGAGAGGUCGGGCCGCCUGCCCAGGGUCGAACAGCUGGCCAGUGGCAGUCCGCCUUGAUACUGCGCGGCUGCCUUGUUGACCCCGCCCCCGCCCCCCCAAGGAACCCAGGCGUC